AUUUUCGUUAUUUUAUCCCGAGUUGAGAGAAUGAUCGGUGUUUUCGUUCGAUGUUGAUCUCCUACUACGAUGUUUUCUUUCUCAAUAAAAAAAAAUAAUUGUAAUCACAUUACACUACCCGCGUACCUUUCUUCUCAAUGAAUACAUAUACGAACGCGAUUAACGUACAGGUUAAGUGUUUAAUCGCUUAUUACGUACUUAAUUAUUGGUCUUAAUUUGUCUACCAAUUUGGUGCUUAUGUCCAAUGACUUGUUGCGUGAUCAUCUCGGUGACGUAAUGAUACAUAUACUGAUAACUGGUUAGAUUAAAUUUAUAUUACGCAUAUGUGUAUAUAUAUGUAUGUAACAUGUGUUGGUAUUUAGCGCACAAUUGUCUUACUGAUCAUACUUCUGUGCUCUCUUUUUUCUCGCAUUUUCUGUACUUUGAAACGUGCACAUUCAGUUCAGGUCGCAGCGUGAUUAACAAGAAUGCCUUUAUUGAAUUUAUUUAUUGUGCACAUAUUUAUCAAGCACGUUUCUCAAGAGCACUUUCUAAAUUUUAAUUUCACAUUUGAUUGCCAAUGAUGCCAGCUGAUAUAUGUAUAGAGUAUCGUUCCAUAGAGGCUUAACAGAAUGGCUGAAGAGGAGAAAGCUGUUUCCUCAUCCAUGACACAAUGCUACGAAAAUUACAUUAUAAUCGACGUGGGUGCUAAUCUUACGAAUAAGAAGUAUAGUCGGGAUUUAGAUAGCGUAAUACAGAGGGCAAAGGAUGCCGGUGUGCAGAAAAUCAUGGUGACUGGCGCGAGUAUUCGUUCUAGCAAGGAAGCACUGAGAUUAACCAGAAUAUAUCCCGGCACACUUUACUCGACCGCUGGCGUGCAUCCGCACGACGCUAAAUCCUGGGAGGAUCCGGACACCCUGCACGAACUAGAGAGCAUAUCCAGUAAUCCGGAAUGCGUCGCGAUCGGAGAGUGCGGCUUGGAUUAUAGCCGUGACUUCUCCGCCCCGGAAACGCAGCGCGCCGUGUUCCACAAACAAGUAGAAUUAGCCUGUUCGUUAAAUAAGCCGUUAGUGAUACAUGAAAGAAACGCACAAAAGGAUGUGUUAGAGGUGCUCGGCCAAUACAAAAAUCGUCUGCCGCCUGUUCUAAUUCACUCAUUCAUUGGCACCGCGGAGGAGGCGCAAGUCUACUUGGAUCAAGGAUUUUAUUUAGGUAUCACCGGUUAUCUGUGCAAAGAUAAAUCCGACAGCGGAGUCAGGCAGCUGCUGGAAGGGGGACAAGCACCAUUGGACAAGAUCCUGGUGGAAACCGACGCACCAUUUAUGUAUCCGAAUACCAGAGCUAGUAAAUUACCUGGACACGUGAAGGACGCUCUAACCGAACGAUCUACGAUGUUCCUUCAUCGUUACUGCACCUUUCAACGUAAUGAACCAUGUGCCUUGCCAGCGAUCGUGGAAAUGGUGGCGGCCUUUAUGCGAAUCACGCCCGAAGAGGUUGCACUGGCUACCGCUUUUAACGCUCUAAAGUUAUUUGGGCUGAAUCAAUGAUAAUAAUAUUCGGAUCUCAAAGGUGUGCGUAAAAUGGUGCUAGUUGGUGCUACAGGAAUAUUUAGUUACGACUUUUAACGUGUAGCGCUUCAUUCGAAAGAAAAUAUAUAUUUCUUUAUAAUGCUUGUUUUUAGUUUUUUAAAAUAAUAAUUAAAUAAUAAUUGUAUCGAUAAUACAUAGAGAAAUACAUGGAUAUGUCUGAUUGCUUAUAGGACAUUAAUCAAGUUCACUGGCAAUUAACAAAUCUAUAGAAAAUCUAAGAGAUAAUAAAUAUUUGUAUUAUAGAUAGGUAUAUUGUAAUCUAUACUUAGGAAUACAUAACUUGUCUGUGUACAAAGUUUUUAUUAUAUUAACAUUUAUGCAUUGUACUGUCUUUCUGAAUUUUUUGUGAAAUGUUGAUUAUUCUAAUAUAACACUUGGAGAUAUAUGUAUAUAAUCCAGUAUUAUACACAUUUCAUUGUUGAUAGAAAUAUUUUCAUACGAAUAAAUUGUUAAUUAUGGAUAAAUUUUCUGUCAAAUACAUCUAUUUUCACGUAUAAAUUAUAUUUCUAUUUUUUAAAAAGUAAAAAUAUCUACACAUUCAAAAGCGAAUGUGUACGUGCGAAUAAAUCAUUUAUGUCAAGUGUUUC